CGUUCAUGCUCUCAAGCAAGCACAAUGGAGCAGAGGUACGUUCAAUGGCGGGCAACGUACCUGCGCUCCUGCGAGCACGGUACCUAUUGUUUUUACAACGGCAAGGUGCGAACUUCGCGUCGCCCCAUCCCAAGCAGGCAUAGCCUCUAUGCGCUCACAUCGCUCUCCAUCACGGUUGCUCUGUCUUGAUGCUAUUUUUGAAACCUUCUCAGGGUGAUAAUGGAAAUGCAAUCACAUGCUCGGAAGCGCAUGGGUACGCAAUGCUCAUCUCUGUCAUGCAUAGGAACCAGCCCGAUUUCGACCAGCUAUUGCGCUUCUUUCUGGCUUUUAGAAACGACCAUAGUCUGAUGAAAUGGCAGGUCAAACAGGACUCUCAUCGCGGCAUCUACUGCGACGACGAUGGGCAGACAAGCGCGACCGAUGGAGAUAUCGACGUCGCCACCGCCCUCUUUCUGGCAGGUAAAGUCUUCGCAGACUCCCCCGUGUUUUCUAAUUCGGCAUAUUGGACCGAAGGCAACCGACUUGCUAGCGCGAUUCUACGGUACGAGAUUCACCCGAGACUAGGCACUCCUUUGCUUGGUGACUGGGCCAACGAAGAUGGAGCAGAGAAUGUCAAACUGUACAACAGCACUCGAACAAGCGAUUUCAUCCUGAGCUCGUUUCUCCUCUUCCAUCGCGUCGUAGCGGACGCUGGCGAGCGCUCUCGCUGGCAAUGGGUCAUUGAAUCGACUCUGUCCGCUGCACUGAGCCAGCUGCAUCGCGGCGUCUUGCUGCUCCCAGACUUUCUGGUCUUCAACUUGCGUACCAAUCAGUGGGAAGUUCCGCACGGCAAGCUACUUGAGAGCGAAAAAGGAGACGGGCAGAUGUCCUGGAACGCGUGCCGCACUCCGUGGCGGCUUGCGCACUACUAUGCUGCCAGCGGCGACCAGCGCAUUAGGCCGCUGUUGGAGCGUAUGCGAGAAGCACUCGUCAGAGCGUCUGGAAAAUGGCCUGCUGUGCCAGCCGGGAUCGACAUUCGCACCGGUAGGGGGCUGGAGGAUUAUAGCGACCGUGCUUUCAUCGCUCCCGCCGGCUACGUUUGUCAUGUUUUGGGAGACACUUCAAGUUUCCAACAAGCAGUUACUGCUCUCAACGACGAGGAACCGUCGUAUUUUGGAGACAGCAUUGAUCUGGUCAUCGCAGAACAGGCUUCUCAUACAGAGCUGUUUCGUUGAAAGAUGGCUGUUGUACCUCCUUUCAUGUGCAAACUUGAAUCCAAACUAUUCGG